ACAAACUCUCGGAUGGAGAGCAGCUUCAGCUGCAAGCUCUAAACUUCAGCGGGCAUUGCUGUGUCUCUAAGGUUCUUUAAAGUGUCAGGGGUGGAAAGAAAAAACUCCCUGCCUCCUCCCCUCUGCUAGCCCAUCUUUCCUGUGGAGGAAGAGGGGCAGUCGGUGCAUGCUGCAGUGGAGGAGAGGUGGUUUACAGCAGUGCACGAGCUCUCAAAGCUCACAAAUCUCAUCUCUUUCUCAUCUAUUCAAACUAAGAGGACUUCAUCCAGAGCGCAUCCGUGGAGGCUGUUUGGAUAUUUGAGCAGCGGUCAGACGGUAAAAGUCCGCAGACAUGUCACCUUUCCUGCGGAUCGGAUUCUCCCACUUUGAGAUUGAUCCGGGUCUGGCUUAUCAUGAGGAGGUGCUGAACCCAUACUGUGCUGUUUAUAUGAAGGAGGCCGUUGACACAGAGAAGGGUCAAGUGUACAAGCAGAAGAAGCCCACCAUGUAUCCGCCCUGGAGCACCACGUUCGAUGCCCACGUCCACCGCGGGCGCAUCAUGCAUGUGAUGGUAAAAGACCGGACAGCCGAGCUCAAGUCUGAGGCCACGGUAGCUCUGGACUCGCUGGCAACGCGGUGCAAAAAGGAGAACGGCAAGCUGGAGAUUUGGUUGGAGCUGAAGCCGCAGGGACGCAUGCUUAUGGAGGCUAGAUAUUAUCUGGAGAAAAGUGAUGCUGUGGGUCACACGGACGGAGACCCAGAGUCCGAGCGUGAGAGAGAGGGUCUGUUCACCCUCCAUCAGCGACGCGGCGCCAUAAAGCAGGCCAAAGUUCACGUGGUCAAGUGUCACGAGUUCAGCGCGACGUUCUUUCCUCAGCCAACCUUCUGCUCUGUAUGCAAAGAGUUUGUUUGGGGUCUUAACAAGCAGGGUUACCAGUGCAGACAGUGCAAUGCAGCAAUCCACAAAAAAUGCAUAGACAAAGUUAUCGCCAAAUGCACUGGUUCAGCCAUAAACAGCAAGGAAACAAUGAUCCACAAGGAGCGCUUCAAGAUCGACAUGCCUCACAGGUUUAAAGUCUACAACUACAAAAGUCCCACCUUCUGCGAGCACUGCGGGACUCUGCUGUGGGGGCUCGCCAAGCAGGGGCUCAAAUGUGAGGAAUGCAGCAUGAACGUCCACCAUAAAUGCCAAAAGAAAGUAGCUAACCUCUGCGGGGUCAACCAGAAACUGAUGGCUGAAGCUCUGGCAGUCAUCGAGAGCAAGCAGCAGGCGAGAAGUACCAGAGACAGUGACAUUAUUGGUCGGGAAGGUCCUGUAAGUGUUGCCCAGCCGGGAGUGGUGCGAGCUCCAUCCGGGCUAGUUAUGGGUUUACCAGCCACAGCUACACCUGCAAGCAAAGCAGAUUAUCAGGGUGUUUCAUGGGAGGGACCAGGAGAUUUCAGCAGGUCGGUCAGCGAGGUGCUGCCAGAAGAGCCUCUGUACGCUGUUCCGAGGAAAGAUCACCAACCCAAAUUUACCAUCGACGACUUCACCCUGCACAAGAUGCUCGGGAAAGGCAGCUUUGGCAAGGUGUUUCUAGCAGAGCUAAAAAGGAGCGGGGAGUUUUUUGCAGUGAAAGCUCUGAAGAAAGAUGUGGUGCUGAUGGAUGAUGAUGUUGAGUGCACCAUGGUAGAGAGGAGGGUUUUGUCUCUAGCCUGGGAAAAUCCCUUCCUUACACAUCUUUACUGCACCUUCCAAACUAAGGAAAACCUGUUCUUCGUCAUGGAGUAUCUGAAUGGAGGGGAUCUUAUGUUCCACAUCCAAAACUGCCACAAGUUUGACUUGCACAGAGCCACCUUCUAUGCAGCUGAGAUCAUCUGUGGGCUCCAGUUUCUACACUCUAAAGGAAUUAUUUACAGAGAUCUGAAACUGGACAACGUGCUGCUGGACUCAGAUGGUCAUAUAAAGAUAGCAGACUUUGGCAUGUGUAAGGAGAACAUGCAGGAUGACGUACGGACCUCCACCUUCUGCGGGACCCCAGACUACAUCGCCCCAGAGAUCCUGCUGGGUCAGAAGUACAACAGCUCUGUGGACUGGUGGUCAUUUGGAGUGCUGCUGUACGAGAUGCUGAUUGGUCAGUCUCCGUUCCACGGCCGCGAUGAAGAGGAGCUGUUUCAGUCCAUACGGACAGACACCCCCAUUUAUCCCAACUGGCUCAGCAAACCUGCAAAGGACAUACUCAUCAAGCUGUUUGUGAGGGAACCUGAGGAGCGGCUGGGAAUCAAAGGAAACAUCAGACAGCACAGUUUCUUCAGCAGCACAGACUGGAACGCCUUAGAGCAACGGCAGGUGCCGGCACCCUUCACACCAACUAUAACCUCAGCCAGCGACUGCAGUAAUUUCGACAAAGAGUUUAUCAACGAGAAGCCCAGACUAUCGUGUGCCGACCGCACGCUCAUCAACAGCGUAGACCAGACGAUGUUCAGAAACUUCUCCUUCGUUAAUCCUGGCAUGGUUCGGAUUGCAGCACGCUGACCACCGGACAAAAAAUGGCUACAAUCUACAAACACGCUGCUCAGUCACAACCAGCAGUGACUGUAACUGGAACCUACUGUAGAACCCGAAUGUGGCAAAACUCACAUACAUGAUGAUGCUAACCACUAAAGGGGUAUAAACCGAUACAACCGAACUGUGACCGGAUCUUUAACUUUCACACAAAUACCUUUAAAAUGUACCUGGAGUCAACUUUGAUACUUUAGAGUUUAGUUGACUAAAGGCAUACAUUUUCUUACAGUGUUAUUCUGACAGCAUGCAGUUGGUUUGGUUUUAUUCUGUCAUAAAACUAUUCACACAUUGCACACUUGUGCAAAUAUGUGCAAAUAUUCAAAAAAAAAAAAAGAAAGAAAGAGAGAAAGUGUGCAUCUUCCAUGUCUCGAGGCAUGUACUGUGAAGCUAGAUUUGGGACUUAGCAAGGUAACUUCAGGCUUAAGUCUAGUUUAUAUGGAGUCAGGAAGCCAGUUCUCAUCUUACCAAAGCCAGAUGAUACAGACCUAACCUGAUCCAGAUCAUGUUAGAUUUGGAAGAGCCCUCGUACUAAUUAUUUUUACUCAUAUUUCUUGUCUUUCCACGACGAGCAUCAAUAAGAAAAUCAGAUCUUGAGGAACAAUUUCAUUCCUGCUUUUUUCUGCAAACAAUAGCGCACUAAAUCCUUGUACUUACCGGCAGCUAAAGCUCGCUGAGGGAAAAAUAUGUAAUCUCCAACCAACUGGGGAGGGGCUGCUUUGUGAAUUUGGUUGCAAAGGUGUUGGAUCAGAAAUCUCCCUCUCGGAUGAAGUUCUUUGUUCAUCCGUAGUUUGCACUGAAGAUGCUUCAAACUUUUACUUGAAGCAAAAGUUGAAGCAGAACUGUUUAUAUCACCCUUUUCAGAGAGUUUGUAGGCAAGUUGGUGUCCUUUAUGUAAACUGGCCACAGUAACCACAGUAAUUACAAGGUUUUUAAUGCAACACCCUAUACCUCAUUGCAACCACUUUCACCUAACAGCCAGCAACUUCCAGCAAACCAUCGCCAACUGGUCAGGGAAUACAUUUUUACCGAGUGACCUGUGGUUGCCGUGGGUGAUGGUGACUGACCUCUAAGCCUGCCCGACUGAGGCCUAAUUAAUUCAGUCCUUUGGCCAGUAAACUGGGUUUAUUAACCUUCAAGUGAUUGUAAAGUCCAGCCGGAUAUUUAUGUGCCAUUGAGAUUUUUUUAAAUCUAAAAAAUGUGUCCUACCGUGAAUCAUCUUCUCCUACAGUUUUUCAUAUUUGGUUUUUUUUUCCACAACCUGAAAUGGUCAGGAUGAAAGUUGUAUGGAAAUAUGUUUUGUUUAAAAAAACAAAACAAAAACAUUAUAGGCUUAAUUUUAUUGUAAUUUUCAACUUUUAAUUACUGCACGGUGAUGUCUUGCCAACAGACCUAGAGCAGCAAGAUUAACGUCUUUUUGCACACAAAUUAUUUCAUGAUUAAUUACAUUAGAACAUUUUAAUACAUCUAUUGUUGGUAACGGAAACAGGGUAAAUAGUAAUAAUCACAAGUACAGCCUUUAACUCUCCAGACUUUUCUAACAGUAUAUUUUAUUCUUCCUUAAUAAAACAUGGAGUUUUGCUGCUGGUAUAAUGAUCUUUUCAACUUUUUCAAAGUGGUAGAUCUGUCCACAUGUGUCAUUGGUCAUAUGCUGUCCUGUGAAGAUGCUAAUAGCUACAGUGGGAAACCCUGAGUGGGCUUAUCCAGUUUAUAAUUACCUUCGAUUGCAGUGUUAUUGUAAAUGAAGACAGAUACGGUAAGCUGAAGUUAUUCGGUAGUACAGGCCUCCUACUUAAUGGGCUGUGUGUUUAAAUAGAAAAUGUGCUUGUAGUGAUUUUAUGGUGCCUCAGAAUAGUUUAAUGAAGUUAACGUCUUCAAGUAAAGCAAACUGAGAAAGUCGAUUUAACCAAAUGGAAACUUAGUUUUCUUGUCCUGUUCCUUUUUAUUUUUUAUUUUAUUGUCUGUUUUUUUUUCUUAUGUAAAUAAAUUAUAUAAUUCAUCUGAUAUGCUGUGUUGUUACUUGGUUGUAGAUCUAUUAAUGUACUGAGGUUUAAUAACUGGGUUAUUGUUUACAUGUGUUUUCCUGUUGUAUCUCAGGAGUUUUGUUUUAAUGAUGAGCUACUCCCUGCAUACUGUAGUUUUGAUGUUCUCCUCACUGUGAAUUCUGUUCAUUAAAGUGUGCACAUUGUGGGCUUUUUUUUUUUUUUUUUUUUAAAUGUGUUUGUUUCGGUGAGGUACAACAUGAAAACUGCUCGGUCGUGUAGUGUCACAUCAGAAUGAUAGAGACCAGAGGUAGAGGUGUUAACAAAAAUAGCCAUCUCAGUUUUUCCACUUAAUUUGAAACUUUACCAUAUUUUCCGCUGUUACAGACAUUUACUCAACUGAUGGCUGAAUUAUUUUAGCACUCAGUCCUAAAUAUAGACUACCUAAGAAAGAAUGUCAGAGGCACUUUUUUUCCAUUAAGGUGCUACGGAUGGCCCAGAUGUAGGACUGACAGCCAAACAAAUAAUCGAAAACAAACCUUUAAUUAAGUGUAGUAGUCCGAGUGAAACAACAUCCAAACUUUAGAAUAUGUUAAUAAACAGACAAGGAACAGACAGACACUGACAAAAACUGAAGGAAAACUAAAGCUUUAAAUACACAUGAGGAGAUAGAAAACACCAGGGAAACAAGACACAGCUGAAACUAAUUAGGACAAAACAAGGAAGCAAAACUAAAUGCAAGGCACAAAAGACAACUAUUAAAAUAAAGCAGGAAAUGAAGAACAACCACACUGAAACAAGUAUUCCCGGCGCAUACAUGAACUGAACAGAAGGGGAAAAGACAGACUAAUAACGCCACAAAUGUAAAACAUGACAAGUACUAAAGCCUCAUAAUGCUCAGGAAUUAAUGAAAACCAAAAAUCCAAAUCAUAAACAACACAAAGAAGGAAAUACAAAACAAGGAUUAAAUCUGGGGACCGUGACAUAAUGUUAACAUGUUGAGAAAAGUGAUAGCACUAAUAUUUAUUAUCACACUGUGUUUACCUGCAAAAACAGGAAAAUAUCCUUCACAUUAAAACAAACUUAGAAGUGGGAUUCCACCAAUGCAUCACCAGUCAAGACCAAAGUUUGACAUGACUUUCAAACUUAUAGUUUUACUUUCCAAUUUUAAACUUUAUUCCCAAAAUUUUGGCUUUACCCUCAAAAAAGUAAUUUAAUUUUUUUUCUUAAAAAUUUCCACUUUAAACUUUAUUCUUAAAAGUUUGACUUUAUUUACAGAUUUUUUUGUCAUGGUCCUGGGUCGGUGACCCAGCGUUUUGUGUUUCAUUUUAGUAACAUCUUCUGUUUUGUGCCGAAACUUAUUUUGUAUUAGUUCUUAGUGUUUUAGUGUUCUCCCUUCUGUGCUUUGGUCGUGUCUCUGAGUUUGUUUGUAAAACUGUUUGUGAGUUUCCUGUUUUACUUUGAAGGUCUGUGUCUCGUCGUGUUUAAUUAGGUUCAGCUGUGUUCCCCUCUAGUGUGCGAUUCCCUCAUUACCUUGUGUGUAUUUAUAGUGUGUACCUGCCUGUGUUCCUCGUCGGUUCGUCUGUGUUAUUCUGUGUAACUUGGUGACAGUCUGCGUCUCUCUGGUCUUCAUUCUCUACUCCUCAGCCCCUGUGUUACCUCCAUAUGUUUUUCUCUGCGUUUUAUUCUGUGAGUUAUGGUUUCGGGUUUUGUUUGUUACUAGCUUUCCCAGUUUAGUUUAUGUCUCGCUUGUUCCUCAUUUCCUGUUUGCCACUUGCCACACUGUAAAUAAAAUUCACUCGCAUUACCGCCGCUGUCUGCAACUUGGGUCCUCCUUCAAUACAUCACACGACUGCUGCCCCAGCCUGAAUUU